CCAUCGAAAAAUAUUAAAACCUCAUUUUCUAUUGCUUUCAGGCUGGAGCUGAAACCUUUGCAUUCGGUUGGGUUGCGAUAUCAGAGCGAGAGAGCGAGCGAGAAACAAUCAAGAAGAUGAGGAUGGUUAAUCUAUGCAGGGCAGCCACCAGAGCCGCUCAAAGUGCCAUGCUCGGAAGAACCUCCUUUGGGCUCCCUCAUAUUCCUGAACGACUACCACCGUGCAAAUGGCUCCAUACCCAAAUCAACAGCUUAAACGCCAACCCAGUUGCUGUUCAGAUGAUCGACUACGCUUUUUCUCAUGCCAGGUCUCAGAAAUCAGCUGAAUCGCAUGCACAAAGUUUGCUUGUGCUUGAACAGUGCCUUUCGACGCAGCCCAGUGAAGGACAAGCUACAGAUAGUGAUAAUUCCAGAGGAAUGGUUUUAAUGGCCAUGUCUACUUUGUUGUCUGAAAGAGGCAAUUUUGAUGAAGCAAUAGAGAAACUCCAGAAGAUUCAAGGUUUAACAUGCUCAUCUAUUGAUGUUAGAGUUGCUGCUAUGGAAGCUCUUGUUGGACUUCAUUUAGAGUUAGAGCAGGAUGAUACUUCAUCAGUGCUCGCAGAUAAAUGCUUAGAACUCUUGGAAGAAAAUGAACCUGGAUUUAGCAGUAAAGGUGCUGAUGUAAUACAUACUCGUGCUAAAGCAGUAAAAGGUCUUGUUGAACUCGUUCGUGGUCAUUGUCAAUCAGCUGAAUCUUUCUUUCACGGACCUGAAGACAACAAAGGAUUAAUUGGCAGUGUUGCUUUAUCCUAUGGAGAAUUCUUGCAUACCACACACAACUUUUCAUCAGCAAAGGAGUUGUACCAGAAGGUAAUUUGGUUGCUGUCUGAGAAUAAAGAUUUCACCGAUCUGUGUGCUUUAGCUGCUUGUAAUAUGUCCUCAGAGGAAGUUUUGAUAGCAGCCACAUGUGCUUUGGGCCAGCUUGAGGCACAGUCUGGGAAUUUUGGUGAUGCUGAGGAGAUAUUGACCAGGGCUUUAACUAAAACAGAGGAACAUUUUGGUUCUCAUCAUCCAAAAGUUGGGGUUGUCUUAACCUGCAUAGCUCUAAUGUUUCGGCGGAAAGCAGUGGAGGAACGUUCAAGUUCUCUUUUGAUUCAAGAGGGACUCUAUAGAAAGGCAAUAGAGUUGCUGAAAGCUCCACCUGUGGAUACUGAAGGUGCAGAAGCAAAGAUAUAUAGAAGUGAUGUAGCGGCCCUUGCUAGAGGUGGCUAUGCUGAAGCACUUAGUGUCCAACAGAACCGGAAGGAUCAGGGAGAGAGAAUGAAGAUUUGGGCAGAGGCUGCAUGGAAAAACCAGCGGUUAUCAUUGGCAGAAGCACUAGAGAUAUCUGAUCCUUCUUCCAAAACUAUGGUUAUAGAUGCUCGAAUUGGUCGGGCUCUGUAGUUUCUUUUAUUUCCAUCUCCAAACCACUCGUGCAUUAUCUCUGCACUCACAUCUUUAUACAUCGCACAGAGCAUAGAACAUCUUAUAGGGUGCUUCAGUUUCUUUCAUGCAAGAGCUGUACGAUAUUAUGUAGCUAUCUACAAACAUCUAGUGGCCUAUUUUUUGUUUUCCAUUUCCACAUUGCUAUCAGAAAGCACAAAAACAAAUAGAAUUCAGCUUGCUUCCAUUUUUUGUACCAAAAAUAAACGACCAAAUAGCAUUUGGAACGAGUUCCUUUUGUACU